AUGGGGUACCUUUGUGAUUUCUGUGGGGAACAAAGAUCGAUGGUAUAUUGCCGUUCGGAUUCUGCUAGCUUAUGUUUGUCGUGUGAUCGUAACGUACAUUCCGCAAAUGCUCUCUCUAAACGCCACUUGAGGACACUCAUUUGCGAGAGAUGCAAUUCUCAGCCUGCUUUCGUUAGAUGUGCACAGGAAAAAGUAUCCCUUUGUCAAAACUGUGAUUGGUCUGGCCACGCUGGCCCGAGCACAGGCCCGUCUCACAAGAGGCAAGCCAUUCAUUGUUACACGGGCUGCCCAUUGGCUUCUGAACUUUCUGAAAUGUGGGCUUUUCUGCUGGACUCGGGCUGUGAGCAGGGAAUGGGCUCGAUGAGCAUUGCGGAUGAAGGGCCUGCUGAUUUUCGAGAGAAGGAGAAUACAAAUGAUGAAUUUCAUUUGGGGGAAGCGCGUGAAUCAACGGCUGGGAUCGAGUUGUUGCCAGGUGGAUCGACCAGCAAUGCUAUGCAAAAGGUUUCCAUGUCCGGAGCUAAGGAAAGUGGUGCGUGUGAUGAUAGCUUUUAUGAUGAUUUGAUUAUAGAUGAGGUUGACCUGAGUUUUGAAAACUACGAAGAGCUUUUUGGUGUUUCUCUCGAUAACCCGGACCAGUUAUUUGGAGAUGGUGGUAUUGAAGGAAUUUUCGGGACGAAAGACAUGUCUGAGUCACAGGGUGCUGCUUAUGCAACUGUGGGAUCGACACUUGGAGGGGUCAAAAUGAUUCAACCGGCUUGUAGCAAUGCAGCAUCUGGCGACUCGAUUAUGAGCUGCAAAACGGAACCCAAUAUAUGUUUUGCAAGGCAAGCUUAUUCGGGCCUCUCGUUUUCGGGCAUUACAGGGGAAAGCAGUGCUGGGGAUCACCAGGAUUGUGGAGUCUCACCAUUGUUCGAGAAGAAAGUGAGGUAUGCAUCACGUAAGGCAAGAGCUGACGUGAGGAGACGUGUGAAGGGACGUUUUGUUAAAGCUGGUGAUGCUUACGAUUAUGAUCCCUUGAUCCCAACCCGAAGCUGUUGA